AUGGCUGAUGGAGUGCAAAUACUUAGACGUAAUCGACCCGGUUCAAAAGCAAAGGAUUUCUGCCGAUGGCCUGAUGAACCGUUCGAAGAAAUGGAUAGUACCUUGGCUGUACAACAAUUUAUUCAACAAACCAUUCGACGUGACCCUGCAAAUUUGGAAGCUAUACUUAAAAUGCCAGAGGCCCAAGAUGAAGGUGUUUGGAAGUACGAACAUCUAAGACAGUUUUGUAUGGAAUUAAAUGGGCUUGCACUCACAAGACUCCUAAGGAAUGUCCUGCCAUUGAUUAUACCAGGCAUACUCUUGAUGGUGCAGCAUGUCUACUCAACAGCAAUAAAUAUUUCCCUAGCAGAGUCAGUAUUAAAGAAUCAUCAGUGGCAAAAU